UGAGGUGCCGCCGCCGCCGGGCAGCCGGGGGGAAUCCGCCCGCAUCGCCGCCCUCGCCGGCCGGGCGGCCGCAGGGCCCGGAGCGCCGGAGACCGGGGUUGGGGCGGCACCGUGCGGCGGCCACGGGGUCCCGUUAGAGCAUCCCCCGGCGGCUAUGCCGAGGGCCCGGAACGGCCGGCGGAGCAGGGGGGCCGGCGGGAGGGAGGAAGUAGACCUUCCUGCGAGUGCGAGCCAACCGGCAGACCCGACUGAAUGCUCGGAUUGGGAAAAUGAAACGGAGGAAGCAAGAUGAAGGGCAGGUAUGUCCCCUGUGCAACCGCCCCCUGGCAGGAUCGGAGCAGGAGAUGAGUAGGCAUGUGGAGCAUUGCCUUUCUAAGAGGGAAGGCUCCUGUGUGGCCGAGGACGAUGCUGUGGACAUCGAGCACGAGAAUAGCAACCGCUUUGAGGAAUAUGAGUGGUGUGGGCAGAAGCGGAUACGGGCCACCACUCUCCUGGAAGGUGGUUUCCGAGGCUCUGGCUUCGUCAUGUGCAGCGGCAAGGAGAAUCCGGACAGUGAUGCUGACCUGGAUGUGGAUGGGGAUGACACUCUGGAGUAUGGGAAGCCACAGUAUCCUUGGGGCACUGUGGGACAAGGAUCUGUUGUCCUUGACCACCAUGCCAGAUACACAGAAGCUGACGUCAUCCCCUGCACAGGCGAGGAGCCUGGUGAAGCCAAGGAGAGAGAGGCACUCCGGGGUGCAGUCCUAAAUGGCGGCCCUCCCAGCACACGCAUCACGCCCGAGUUCUCUAAAUGGGCCAGUGACGAGAUGCCAUCUACCAGCAACGGUGAGAGCAGCAAGCAGGAAGCCAUGCAGAAGACCUGCAAGAAUAGUGACAUCGAGAAAAUCACCGAAGAUUCAGCUGUGACCACGUUUGAGGCCCUGAAGGCUCGGGUCAGGGAACUUGAACGGCAGCUAUCCCGUGGGGACCGUUACAAAUGCCUCAUCUGUAUGGACUCAUACUCGAUGCCCCUAACGUCCAUCCAGUGUUGGCAUGUGCACUGCGAGGAGUGCUGGCUGCGGACCCUGGGUGCCAAGAAGCUCUGCCCUCAGUGCAACACCAUCACAGCGCCUGGAGACCUGCGGAGAAUCUACUUGUGAGCUAGCCACCCCCAGCAGGCCUUGCCUGGAGCAGCCCCACCUGCCCGCCUCUGUGACGUGACCCUCCCCCUUGUACAUAUUUGCACACAGGUUCCCCAUGUACAUACAUGCGCACACACACGUGCACAUUCGUGUGCGUGCACACACAUACACACACACACACACACACACACACACACACACACACACGACUCUGGAGCCAGAGUGGAGGCUGAGACCCAGGCCUUGCCUGCUGGUUCCCACCAAAACUAAGGACCAUACCUGUUUGGGGUUUUGUUCCCAAGGUGGGGCAAGGAGGUGGGAGUGAGGGGGAAUAGUUGGGCAAGGCUCCUGAGAUACAGCCCCCGGACUGACAGACGGACAGACAGACAUGCAAACACCAGACUGAAGCACAUGUAAUAUAGACUGUGUAUGUUUACAAUGUUGUGUAUAAAUGGGACAACCCCUCGCCCCCCACUCCACCCUCACCCCUUUGGUUGUAUGAUUUUCUUCUUUUUUUAAGAACACCUGGAAGCAGUGCCCCCUUCAGGGCUGGCUGGGGGCUCGGCCCAUCCACCUCUCAGGGUGCCUGCCUCUCUCUCUCCCAUGGUAUCCCUUCCCUCUCCCACAUGCUCGGUGUUCAGUGGUGUAUAUUUCUUCCCCCAGACAUGGGGCACAUGCCUCAAGGGACACGAUCCUCUCCUUAGUCUUAGCUCCUGGGGCUCUUUAUAAGGAGUUGGGGGAGAGGGGAGACACAGGAAAUGGGAACCGAGCUGAAGCAGGGGCUGAGAUUGGGGCUGGAUGAGUAUGCUCCUGGCUGCCCAGCCUUCUACCAAGAACCAUUCCUGGGAUUAGAACUGCUGUUCCCAGGGAAAGUGGUCUCCCCCGCCCCUCCCGUGGGCCCCACGGUGUGAUGCUGUGUCUGUAUAUUCUAUACAAAGGUACUUGUCCUUUCCCUUUGUAAACUACAUUUGACAUGGAUUAAACCAAUAUAAACAGC